GACAACGGGUCGUGCUGCCUCAUCCAGGGGGACCCCAUCUCGCAGGUGAUGCCGCCGCUGCUGGUCCUGUUCUUCGUGCUGGGCGCCCUGGGCAACGGCAUGGCCCUGUGUGGCUUCUGCUUCUGCAUGAAGACCUGGAAGCCCAGCACCAUCUACCUGUUCAACCUGGCGGUGGCCGACUUCCUCCUCAUGGUCUGCCUGCCCUUUCGGACCGACUACUACCGCCGGGACCGGCGCUGGGCCUUCGGGGACGCGCCCUGCCGGCUGGUGCUCUUCAUGCUGGCCAUGAACCGGGCCGGCAGCAUCGUCUUCCUCACCGUGGUGGCCGUGGACCGCUACUUCAAGGUGGUGCACCCGCACCACGUGGCCAACGCCAUCUCCAACCGCACGGCGGCCGGCGUGGCCUGCGCGCUCUGGGCCGUGGUCAUCCUGGGCACGCUGUACCUGCUUGUGGUGGCCGCCGUGUUCAUCACCUGCUACCUGCCCAGCGCGUCGGCGCGGCUCUACUUCCUCUGCACCGUGCCCUCCAGCGUCUGCGACCCCUCGGUCCACGCGGCCCUCCACGUGACCCUCAGCCUCACCUACAUGAACAGCACGCUGGACCCCCUGGUGUAUUACUUCUCCAGCCCCUCGUUCCCCAAGAUCUACGCGAAGCUCAAGGUGCGCAGCCUGAGGCCCAAGCGUGCGGGGCGCCCCGCGGCGCAGAGGCGGGAGGAGAUGCCCAUUUCCAAUCUCUGCGGCCAGAGCUGCACCGGCGGUGGCGGUGGCGUGGCCAACAACGUGCAGAGCCAACCUUGCCUGCCGUGAACCGGCGCUCAGACAGACGGACAGACAGACAGACGAACAAAAAAGGACAGGGUGGCGACUCAGAAGGACUCCCUGCUAAGGGGUAGGGAGGGGGCUUUGGAAGGGCCAUAGCCCCCUCACUCUGCUGGAGACGAAGUUCAGGCCACUGUGCGUUUUGGGAAGGUCCGGCUGAGAAGUGAGUGGGUUGAUUACAGUGAUAGGACAU